AUGAGCGUGAAGGUACGGAUGAGAGUCUGGUUUGAAAUUUUGACGAUUUGGCAGUGUUUCAGAACAAAUGAUGCCUCCAUGAGUGGUGACGAUGGUGGCCAGGGUGACUACUGGAAGAAAAAAGUUAGCCAUGAAAACCGAAAACUAGGCCAGAGAGCCAAAAAUCAGUUUUCGGAUUCCACAAAUCUCAAUUUGGAACCGAGUUAUGAUCAAUUUCAGCAACGGACCGAGGAAAAUCGUACGAAUCAUUCGUUUCGCGAUUACUCGAAAUUUGCGAAACCAAAGGUGCCGAAGAAAGAGCCAAAGAAGGAGGAGCCCGAAGGACAGGACAUCAAGAAAUUCAUGUCUCCAGCUGCCACCAAGUUUCCAAAGAAAAAAGAAAAAUUUUCCCGUUUCCUCUCGAGCACAGAAUUCAACCAUUUUUUCGGCGAAGUCUACGGUAUUCUAAUACUAUCAACUGACCUACUAUUUGUGUAA